GGUUCCAUUUCAAUCACGCAAGGAAAAAAACAAAGAGGAAAUUAUACGUGUUACGAAUUAAACAACAAAAAUCCGCACCAACAAAAAUCCGCACCGAUAUAACAAGAAAAUGCAAAACCAUAAACCAUCUAUGCAUGCAUAAGCAGAAAUGCGGCGUUAUGUCUUUGAGCAUAGAAGCAGAGAAGAAUAACAAGAAAUGCUCCCUGUUUCCUGAAGUUGUGUUCUUCCGUUUGCUUGGAUGCAUUGUAACUGUAAGUAAUGUUUGGAUUUUGGAUAAUAAUUCGGUGGGUGACUUGAAAAUUGUGCAAUUUUUUAAGGAUUUUAUGAUGGAUUUUUAAGAUUCUUCUUUUUUGUCGGUGCAUAACUCUGCGGGGAUGGCUGAAAUUUGGGUAAUCUGCAGAUUCCGAGGUGGGUCUGGCAUUUUUAGUUUUUUUGGAUGUUUGGUGACAAUAGGAAUUUUAUCGGUGAAUUCAUAGGUAGUUGGAAGAUAUUUGGGGUUUCUGGAGGGUUUAUAUAGGAAAUUUUACUAAUAGAAUCUUGGGUUGGUCUAUUGAGAUUUAUGCCGCUCUUUGCAUUUUCAAUGGUGGUUCAAGUAUGAAAUUGAGGGAUUAUUGUAUUUUCGAGGGCAUUUUAUUGGAAAAGGAAGAUUGACUUUAGCCUCUCUUGUAUCUGCAUGGUGUUUAAUUAUUAGGGUUUACAGCUGAAGAGUUUUAUUUAUUCUUUUGCCGUAAAAAAAUGAGCUCCAAUGCUUCAGAAGGUGGAGUUCUUAAGGGAAACCUCAUGGUUCAUGUUGCUGAGAAUGGUCGCUCAUAUGAGCUCGACUGUGAUGAAUAUACCUGUGUUGAGGCUGUGCAGAAGUACCUACAGUCUGUUUCCAGGAUACCAUUUCACGAUCAGCUGCUUAUGUGCUUGAACACGAAGAUGGAAUUGCAAUGCCAACUCUCAGUUUAUAAACUUCCGUCCAAUGACCAAGAAGUAUUCUUGUUUAAUAAGGCAAGGAUGCGAACUGAUUCACCACCUCCUGCAUCAGAGCAAGUUGAAAUUAUUGAUAUUCCUGAUCCUCCAUUGCCAUCCUCAUCUCUUAACCCUCACCCAUUGGAUGAUGCUACUGACCCAGCUUUAAAGGCCCUGCCUUCGUAUGAGAGGCAAUUUAGGUAUCAUUUCCAGUCUGGAAAUUCAAUUUACCGCCUUGCAUUAGCGAAAAUAGAGAUAUGCAAGAGGCUUUUCCUAGAGCAGAAGGUACAAGAGAGAGCAUUGGAGAUUGCUAGGGGUAGUUUAGAUCACUACUAUAUGAUGAUUCUUAAAAACUACACUGAGUUUGUGAAAUGUUACUCUCAGCAGCAUCGUAGUCACAAUAACCUUCUGCUGAGUUUUCGGAGGGAUAUAGAGAAAUUGAGAUCUAUAAAACUUAUUCCAGCAUUGCUGACUGCUGAUCGCCAGCGAUUACUAGAUUUUGUAAAGGUGGAGAACUUGUGGAAGAUGGUGGAGGAUUACAGCAGUUCCCACAGGCACUUAGAAAACAAAGUUUCAGAAUUCAAGGCUGAGUUUGGAGAGCUAAAGCGCAAUUUUAAACUUUUAUUUUCCAGUAGAGCUUCAUUUCUUAUUAAUGAAUUGGAUUUCGCAAUGAAAGACAACCAGCGGUAUAUUCAAGAGCAGAAGAGCAUAAUGCUGGCUUUAAGUAAAGAUUUUGAUACUGUGAAGAAACUCAUGGAUGACUGCGUUACCAGCCAUCCGUCAUCUUCACUCCGCCCCUUUGAUGCUGUUUCAGCCUUGGGUCCUAUGUAUGAUUGCCAUGAAAAAAGUUGCCUACCAAAAAUGCAGUCUUGUGGUCUAGCAAUUUCAAAUUUGCUGGAUUUCUGCAGGGAUAAAAAGAAUGAAAUGAAUGCCUUUGUGUAUGAUUAUUUGCAAAGGAUUGCAUACAUUCAGUUCUCCAUUAAACAAGUGCAAUAUAAGUUCCCUGUUUUCAAGGAAGCUUUGAAGCAUCAGAAUAAUAAAUUUGAGCACUUAAAAGUGGUGCGUGGGAUUGGUCCUGCAUACAGGGCAUGCCUUGUAGAAGUGGUGAGAAGAAAGGCAACAAUGAAGCUUUACAUGGGCAUGGCUGGACAAUUAGCUGAAAGACUUUCCUCAAAGAGGGAGGCUGAAAUUAGGAGACGCGAGGAAUUUCUGGAAGUACAUGGUAGAUAUAUACCUCGUGAUAUUUUAGCAUCCAUGGGAUUGUAUGACACUCCUAGCCUGUGUAAUGUUGAUAUAGCUCCUUUCGACUCAAAUUUGCUAGAUAUUGACCUUUCAGAUGUAGACCGUUAUGCUCCCGAGUCUCUUUUAGGACUCUCUUCCAAGAGUGAGAAGCAUGGGACUUUGAAGAGUUCAUUAUCAAUGUCUAAUGAUGGUUCUCAACCUGCGGAAGUUGAAGUAAGUUCUUUGAAAUUCUCUGAGAAGUAUGACUCUGAGGAGUUACUUCGGGAUUCAGAGCUGCUGGAGAUAGCUGGGACUAGCAAGAUGGAAGUUGAGAAUGCAAAGCUGAAAGCUGAACUUGCUUCUAAAAUAGCUCUCAUGUGUACUAUAAGCACUGAGUUUGAUUAUGAAUCACUUGAUGACUAUCAAACCCAUAGUUUGGUGGAAAAUGAUGCUGAGAAGACUUCUGAAAACCACCUUGAAUUGAUGCUAAAGGUGAAGCAGAUGCAGUGUGAAUCCUAUGAAAAACACAUUCAGGAAUUGGAGCAAAAGUUGUCUGAUCAGUAUAUGCAAGCACCUACAUUUUCAGCUGCUGAGCCUGUAUCUAACUUUGUGCUUUCAACUGUAAACACUGAUGAGAAUAAGUUGGAAAUUUCAGGAGCUGGAGAAAUUCACAUACCUAAUGCAAUGCAAGAUAAGUUGCAAGAAGGUUUGGGUGAUAAUAUGAUAGCUCCCUUUAGUAUGCUAAACCAUCGAUUGAAUUCAUCAAUGCUAUAUGCACAGCGUGGCGAAGGGCUUCCUUUUGACAAAGAUAAGAAAGAAACACUAUUGCCAGUUGGUGGCACAGCACUUGCGGCGAGUUCUGUGGCUGUUAGCAUGUUGCAUCCUACUGAUGUUUCAUUCAGUGAAACUGCUCUUGAACCAGGUUUGGUUGCUAAAGUAAGCAAUGAACUUGUUCUGGGAUUGCAAAGUGCACUUGAAGAAAAAUCGAACCAAUUAAAUAAUGUGGAGAUCAAGCUCAAAGCUUUGGUGGAGGAGGUUUCAAAGCUUGAGAGAGAGUUGGAGAACAGUCGAAAGCUAGUUGGUGAAUCUCAGAUAAAUGUUGCUCAUUUAGAGAAUUAUUUGCACGAAACAAGAGAGGAAGCCCAAUCCUAUCUUCAUGCAGCUGAUUGUAUGGCCUCAGGAGAAAGUGUGCCGCACACCUCUGCCAUUGAAAUGCGUCGACUUUUUGAACGACUGAAAAGUUGUGUUUCUUCAGCUGAGAUGACCGGUUUUUCUGAUGCAUUGCUUACUUUAGCUCAAUCUUUAUCCAAUUCCAACCAUGAAAAUGUCGAUGAUAUUACCACUGAAUUCCGUGAAUGUAUCCACGUAUUUGCCGAGAAAGUUGAUGGCUUGGUGAGGCAUCGCGAUGAAUUGCUUGAUAAAUCUUUAAAAGCCGAAGCUGAAAUCGAACAGCUUAAGGAGGAGUUGGACGAGAAGACAGAGUUGAUGAAUACUCUUUAUGUGAAGCAUCAACUUGAGAAGCAGGCCAGCAAAGAGAAGAUAUCUUUUGGCCGGUUAGAAGUUCAGAAGAUUGCUGCAUUUGUCCUCGACUCUUCGGGGCAUUACAAGGCUAUCAAUCGUAACUGCCCGUAUUAUUACCUGUCAGCUGAAUCUGUGGCCUUGUUCGCUGACCAUCUCCUGACUCGUCCAAGCUACAUUGUUGGGCAAAUUGUGCAUAUUGAACGAGAAACGGUGAAGUCACCUUCAUCCAACAGAGAUCUACCGACUUCGGACACAGAAACCAACCAUUUGAUCCUGAGUUCGGAGUCGACUUCAAACCCUUAUGGACUCCCGGUUGGGUGUAAAUACUUUGUCAUAACAGUAGCCAUGUUAGCCGAUACUACUGUUCAUACGCCGUCUCUUUCCUGAUCUUGUUGCAGAUGGCAGAUAGACCAUGAUGGAAGAAAUGAAAUGUACGUGUUAAUAUUAUACGAAGUGCUACUAUGUAUAAAUGCUCGUUGGUGGGGGUUUAUUCGAUUUCCUCUUGUAUAGUAAGGAUUUUACUCGAUCCAAUCUCCCCCUUGCAUAUUCUUGCAUAAAUGUGUCGAACUUGUGAAUAUUCUGUCCUUGGAGUCAUUAUGGACUAAAAUUGUCUGGUUAAGGUCAUUAUGGAAUAAAAUUGUCUGGUUAAGGUGCUUUUCAA